AUGUCCUCCUACGAUGGUGCGCGCUCGGCGCGCCAGUCCAAGCGCUACUCCAUGUCCGCUCUCUACAUGUCCAUGUCGGCCAACGAGGGCGAGAUGCAGAUUGAAGAUGACCUGGCCAAGGCGCAAAAAAUCCUGCGUGACCUCAAGUCCAACAUAUCGUCCCAGUCCAAGAAGAACUUCGUUCUCGAAAAGGACGUCCGCUACCUCGACUCGCGCAUUGCCCUGCUGAUCCAAAACCGCAUGGCUCUGGAAGAGCAAAAUGAAGUUGCCAGCCACCUCGAAGACGCAACCGACAUGCAGGAAGGUUUCUUCCCAAACGACGAUAAGACGCAGAAAUACGGGAACCUCUUAUUUCUCCUGCAAUCCGAGCCCCGCCACAUCGCUCACCUCUGUCGUCUCGUCUCCAUGGCUGAGAUUGAUUCCCUCCUCCAGACAGUCAUGUUUACCAUCUACGGAAACCAGUAUGAAUCAAGAGAAGAGCACCUUCUACUUACCAUGUUCCAGUCCGUCCUUACCUACCAAUUUGAUAAUACCCCCGACUACUCUUCCCUGCUCCGCGCCAAUACACCAGUCUCUCGAAUGAUGACAACUUAUACCCGGCGUGGGCCUGGCCAGAGUUUCCUGCGCACCGUGCUCGCUGAUAGAAUCAACGAUCUCAUCAUCUUGCAGGAUCUUGACCUCGAAAUCAAUCCGCUCAAGGUCUAUGAACGCAUGCUGGAGCAGAUUGAAGAAGAGACUGGCUCUCUACCCGCAUCUCUUCCCCGUGGCAUCACUGCCGAGCAAGCCGCCGACAACGCUCAGGUUCAGGCUAUCAUCCAGCCAAGACUUUCCAUGCUGACUGAGAUUGCCAACAACUUCCUCAACACCAUUAUCGAGGGGCUUGAAGAAGCUCCAUACGGUAUUCGCUGGAUUUGCAAGCAAAUUCGCAGUUUGACUAAGCGCAAGUACCCGGACGCCAACGACCAAGUCAUCUGCACCCUGAUCGGCGGCUUCUUCUUUCUGCGCUUCAUCAACCCAGCAAUUGUCACACCGAAGUCCUACAUGCUCAUUGACGGCACCCCCGCUGAGAAACCCCGACGCACACUGACCUUGGUCGCCAAAAUGCUCCAGAACUUGGCCAACAAGCCGUCAUACGCGAAAGAGCCGUACAUGGCCAAACUCCAACCCUUCAUCGAACAAAACAAGGACCGCAUCAACAGGUUUAUGCUUGAUUUAUGCGAGGUCAGCGACUUCUACGAGAGCUUGGAAAUGGACAAUUACGUCGCUCUCUCCAAAAAGGAUCUGCAGCUCGACAUAACAUUGAACGAAAUCUACGCGAUGCAUGCCCUUAUCGAGAAGCACACAGCUGAGAUAUGCCGUGAUGAGUCGUCCCAUCUGUCUAUCAUCAUGACCGAGCUGGGCCCUGCUCCUGCCCAGGUACCUCGCAAGGAAAACCGCGUUAUCAAUCUCCCCCUCUUCAGCCGCUGGGAGACUGCCAUCGAUGACCUGACGGCGGCCCUCGAUAUUACACAGGAGGAAGUGUUCUUUAUGGAAGCCAAGUCCAUCUUUGUGCAGAUUAUGCGCUCUUUUCCCCAAAGCAGCGCUGUGUCCAAGCGUCCCUUGCGCUUAGAGCGAGUCGCUGAUGCUGCUGCCACCAGCCGCAACGACGCAGUUAUGGUCCGAAAGGGUAUUCGAGCUAUGGAACUUCUUUCCCAGCUCCAGGAUAUGGGUGUCAUUGACAAGAGUGACCAGUUCGGUCUGCUCCGUGACGAAGUCGAACAAGAGCUUCAUCACCUCGGCUCGCUCAAGGAAGGUGUACUGAACGAAACCAAGAAGCUGGAUGAGGUCUACAAGACGAUCCGUGAUCAUAACACGUAUCUCGUUGGACAGCUCGAGACCUACAAGAGCUAUCUCCAUAACGUCAGAUCACAAAGUGAGGGUACCAAGAGAAAGCAGCAGAAACAGCAGGUUCUUGGCCCUUACAAAUUUACGCACCAGCAACUGGAAAAGGAGGGCGUGAUUCAGAAGAGCAAUGUUCCGGAUAACAGACGGGCUAACAUUUACUUUAAUUUCACCUCCCCUCUCCCAGGCACGUUUGUUAUAUCUCUACACUACAAGGGACGUAAUCGUGGUCUUCUCGAACUGGACCUGAAGCUCGAUGACCUGCUUGAAAUGCAAAAGGACAAUCAAGAGGAGCUUGACCUGGAAUACGUACAAUUCAGCGUCCCUAAAGUGCUUGCACUGCUGAACAAGCGUUUUGCACGCAAGAAGGGCUGGUAA